AUGGUCGUUGAAGUGAGACAAUAUCAUUUGUUCCCCACAGAUCUCAUUCCCAACUCGCCCAGGCCUCUACUCCACUACAGAAAUGUCCUAACCAAGAAGCCUGGUGCCUCACACUGCGACCCAGGUGAAGUAUGGGACAUGUUCACCAAGAACGAAUGGAACGUGCAGUGGAUAUUCCGCUACAGCGACACCCAAGUAUCUCACUACCAUUCUAAAGCGCACGAGUGCAUGGCCGUUCUUUCUGGAACAGCCACUAUUCGAUUUGGCGUUGCAGACACAUCACCGGAUAUGGUGGAAAACACCUACGGCUCUGCGUGGGAGAAAGGGGGUGUUACGUUGGACGCUGAAGCUGGUGACGUGUUUAUUAUACCAGCAGGCGUGGCACACAAGACACACAAGACCAGGCCCGAGGCGGAAUUUAAGCUCAUGACACCGGGGUCGGGACAUGGUAUUGAGGCCGAUGACCCGAAGAAAGCGUUAUCGGAGAUCAAACUGGACGGGUUUACAAUGAUGGGGGCUUAUAACGGGGGCGAAUGGGACUUCGUCGCGACUGGGGGGGACUUCGAAAGGGUGUGGUCGGUUCCGAAACCCAAAUACGAUCCUGUUUUUGGAGACAAGGAGAAUGGGCUUUGCAGAAGAUGGAAUGGCAGCAAUACACAGCCUAGGGCGAGUCUCUAA